CAGAUAACCAGGCAAAAUAGCUCCAGGCCGCCCAGCGUGCAUACUCUCCAUUCCCCCUGGCCCAACCAUGCCUCUGCCAGGCCACCUCCUCCCUGCUCUGGUCCUGCUCCUGGCUGGGUCCCCAGGCUGGGCCUGGGUCCCCAACAACUGCAGGGCCCCUCGCGAGGCCACAUGCAACUUCGUGUGUGACUGCCCAGGCUGCUCCGACGAGACCCAGUGUGGUUACCACGGAGCCUCGCCCACCCCGGGUGCCCCCUUCGCCUGUGACUUCGAGCAGGACUCCUGUGGCUGGCAGGACAUCAGCACCUCAGGCUACAGCUGGCUCCGAGACCGGGCAGGAGCCACACUGGAGGCCCUGGGGCCACGCGCAGACCACACUCUCGGCACGGACCUUGGCUGGUACAUGGCUGUUGGCACCCACCGUGGGAAAGAGGCCUCCACCGCAGCCCUGCGCUCCCCCGUCCUGCACAACGCAGCCCCAUCCUGUGAGCUGAGGCUCUGGUACCAUGCGGCCUCCGGAGAUGUGGCUGAGCUGCGGCUAGAGCUGACCCACAGGGCCGAGACCUUGACCCUGUGGCAGAGCUCCGGGCCCUGGGGCCCAGGCUGGCAGGAGCUGGUGGUGGCCACUGGCCGUAUCCAGGACGACUUCCGGGUGACCUUCUCUGCCACUCGAAAUGCCACCCACAGGGGCACUGUGGCCUUGGACGAUGUGGUCUUCUGGGGCUGUGGCCUGCCCACUCCCCAGGCACACUGCCCUCUGGGGCAUCACCACUGCCAGAACAUGGCCUGCGUGGAGCCCCACCAGCUAUGCGACGGAGAGGACGACUGUGGGGACGGCUCGGACGAGGACGCACCCGCCUGCCGCCACCACACGGUCACGGACUUUGAGACGGGCCUGGGCCUGUGGAACCACUCGGAGGGCUGGGCCCGGAACCACAGUGCCGGCACCAGGCCCCCAGCCUGGCCGCGCCGCGACCACAGCCGGAACAGCGCGCACGGCUCCUUCCUGGUCUCCGUGGCCGAGCCCAGCGCUCCCGCCGUCCUCUCCAGCCCCGAGUUCCAAGCCUCAGACACCCGCAACUGCUCGCUGGUCUUCUACCACUACCUGCACGGGUCCGAGGACGGCUCUCUCCAGCUGUUCCUGCAGACUCAGAGCCCAGGCUCGCCCCAGGGCCCCGUCCUGCUGCGCAGGCGCCACGGGGACCUGGGGGCCGCCUGGGUCCGAGACCGGGUCGACAUCCAGAGCGAGCGCCCCUUCCGGAUCCUGCUCACUGGGCACACGGGCCCAGGUGGCGUCGUGAGCCUGGAUGACCUCAUCCUGUCGGACCACUGCCAGCCAGUCCCAGAAGUGUCCAGCCCACCUCCUGGGCUCUGGGCCCCAGCCCCCUGGACCCAGCUGUCCAGCCUGCUGCCCCAGGAUUUCUGCGAGCCAGGACAUCUUUCCUGUGGGGACCUGUGUGUCCCCCCAGAGCAGCUCUGCGACUUCCAGCAACAGUGCGAGGGGGGCGAGGAUGAGCGGGAAUGUGGCACCACGGACUUCGAGUCCCCCGCAGCCGGGGGCUGGGAAGAUGCCAGCGUGGGGCGGCUGCAGUGGGGGCGUCUCCAGGCCCAAGAGAGCAGAGGCCCUGGCACAGAGGCCGGCAGGGCUGCUGCUGGGCACUUCCUGUCCUUGCAGAGGGCCUGGGGACAGCUGGCAGCAGAGGCCCGGGUCCUCACUCCUCCCCUGGGCCCCUCAGGCCCCCGCUGUGAGCUCCGCAUGGCUUACUAUUUCCACAGUGACCCCCAAGGCUUCCUGGCCCUGGCCGUGGUGGAGGGCGGCAGCCGUGAGCUGGUGUGGCAGGCCCCGAGCAGCAGCAAGGGCUGGAAGGUGGACACGGUCCUUCUUGGGGCGCGCCGCCGUCCUUUCCGGCUGGAGUUUGUUGGCCUGGUGGACUUGGAUGGCCCUGGCGAGCAGGGUGCUGGCGUGGACGACGUGACCUUGAAGGAUUGCAGCCCCGUGACAGCCACUGACAAGGACUCAGAGGUCUCCUGUAACUUUGAGCGGGACACUUGCGGCUGGCACACCGGCCACCUCACAGAUUCUCACUGGCGCCGAAUCCAGAGCCGUGGUCCUGGUUACGACCACACCACGGGCCAAGGCUACUUCUUGCUCCUGGACCCCACGGACCCCCCGGCCCGGGGCCCCGGUGCCCACCUGCUCACCCAGCCCCAGGCCCCAGCAGCCCCUCAGGAGUGUCUCUCCUUCUGGUACCACCUCCACGGGCCCCAGAUCGGGACACUGCGCCUGGCAGUGAGGCGGGAAGGAGAGGCAGAAACGCUCCUGUGGUCGCGGACCGGCACCCACGGCAACCGCUGGCACGAGGCCUGGGCCACCCUGCACCACCAGCUGGGCUCUGGCGCCAAGUACCAACUGCUGUUCGAGGGCCUCCGGGACGGCUACCACGGCACCAUGGCGCUGGACGACGUGGCCGUGCGGCCUGGGCCCUGCUGGGCCCCCAGGCGCUGCUCCUUUGAGGACUCGGCCUGUGGCUUCUCCAGCGGGGGCCAAGGCCUCUGGACACGCCAGGCCAAUGCCACGGGCCACGCCUCCUGGGGCCCCCGCACUGACCACACCACAGAGACGGCCCAGGGACACUACAUGGUGGUGGACACGAGCCCACAGGCCCUGCCCCGUGGCCACGUGGCCUCCCUGACCUCAGAGGAGCACCGGCCUCUGGCCCAGCCCGCCUGCCUGACCUUCUGGUACCACCUGAGCCUCAGAAACCCAGGCACCCUGCAGGUCCACGUGGAGGAGGCCGGGAGGCGUCAGGUGCUCAGCAUCAGUGCCCACGGAGGGUUUGCCUGGCGCCUGGGCAGUGUGGACGUGCAGGCCGAGAGGGCCUGGCGGGUGGUGUUUGAGGCGGUAGCCGCCGGUGUGGAGCACUCCUACGUGGCAGAAUGCCAGGGUCAAGGGCACCCGGAAGCCUCCCCAAGCUGA